UUAGUAGAAACAGGGCAGGACAGAAAUAGAGGCGAUGUCGGCGCACGCGUCUUCACGCUGUCAAUUUCAUCCGGAUAGGGCGCAAGAUUAGCAGAUUUCGGGACGCCUGCUGUAGUGGCCUGUAGUGAUCGUGCCUACUGUGUCACAUCUUACGCGAGUGCAGUGUUCAUUGUUCAGGAUCGAUGAAUAGUAUCUUCGACUACUAGUAGGAGAUAUGUCGCAUACUGUCAAAUUUUUCUAUUCAAAGUGUUACAAUUUUAUCGUUACGGAUAGUUAAGUGUUGUGUAAGAAAAUAAGGAUUUGGGACCAAAGAUGUUAAAGAACCGCAGUAGAGACCCGCGCUCAGCGGUGCCCAGCACGCCAACGAUGUCAAUCAGGUCAAACCUCCAUCGGGCGCCAAUGGCUAAACCUGAGCCUGACUACGAGGUGGUAGAGUUCCCUUCAGACCAAUACGUCAACGCCAAGCUGCAGCCACCGCCGCCUCCACCACCAAGGCCACCUACAGGUCACCCACUAGAUGCGGAUGCGUCGUGUGGACUUUGCGGAGGCGGCGGCGCUCGCGUGCGCUGCACUGAAUGUGGUCGGCGGGCUCUGUGCGCCUCCUGCGACGAUAUGUACCACCGCCAUCCCAAGCGAAGACAUCAUCAACGGCAGGCAUUACCACACUCGCAACUGCGCGACGAGCGUCCGCCUCUACCGCCGAAGGUUGCACCGCCCGUUCCGCCGCCGCGAAGACAUAAGAUUGGCGGCGAUAGAUUAAGUGCAAGUCCUCUACCACCUACGUUAGAUCAACGCCGCGGUACAAUCAACCCAUCAAUGGGGAUGCCCAAACAAAUGGCGACUAUAACCAAUAGCAACCACUUCGUGUCGCAACUACCACAAAUGCAGCAUUCGCACCCAACAGUUCCGACUAUGACAUCACAUAAUAUGGGCAGCGUGCCAUACUUACCAAAUGUUGUGCAUCACUCAAACGCACCUGUUGUAAGUCAUGACCAGUCCAACACUUUGGGACAUUUCUCGUCCUGGAAUCGACCUCGCGGGUCACUGCCUGGCUUCAAUGUGCCCCCAAAUGUUGUGCAAGCUCCUCCAUUAGAAGCUUGGGAAGCGCAAGAAAACCUCUCUGCACAAAGUUGGGGCCGACCAUUGCGCCGUGGCGCAUCAGUUAUGGAACUAGGCGGCGCACCAGCAGGAUGUCCUGGUUGCGUACACUGUGCAUCCAAUCCAUGGCGUUAUGGCAGCUGUGCCAACUUAGACCAUUCGUGGGUUGGUCAGAGCCCCUGGCCGCAGAGCUGUUGUGUUCCGCACCCGGCGACGCACAAUCCGCGGAUGCUGCCACAUCCACACGCUCAUCCACCGCACACUCCACAACCUUAUCGAAGAGCAGACAGUCGUGCAGUAUCUCGGGCAGCCUCGAGGGCAGGGUCGCGCGCCGCGUCUCCCGCUUUAAGCGUGAGAUCUCGUGCUUCCCGGCGAUCCAAACACCGGACACCAUCCCCACCGCCUUUACCUUCCAGCGACGCUGACUCUGAGAGCGAAAUUGAAAGUGACAGCAAGGAAAGUGAAAGACCAUCCAUUAAAGUAAAAAAUGUACAAGAGACAGAUGAUGACAUCUCUCUGGGUCCCGCCCCACCUCCUCCCAAUUCAUCUUGGCAAUGUGAGCACUGCACGUUCGUAAAUGAGCCUGGAGUGAGAGUGUGUGCGGUUUGCUGUCGCACACCUACUGUGAAACCAAAAACAAUUUCGACCGACGUGAUUAACAAUGGCGUAGGAAGACUCAGAGUCGCGGAAAAAUCUUCUCCUUCCCCUACUAGUAAUCUAAUAGAUGAUCGCAGAAAAAGAACUGAUGAUAAAGUUAAAGCAGUGAGACCUUCUAAAGAGCGUAUUUCCACUGGAUGUGGGCCAUCUCCACCUCGCGAAGAAAGACCUGUGCUUAAACCAACGAAUAGAAUGGAUACCCCCACUAGAGAACGAAGCAAUGAACGAAUCGUACAAGCUCGGAUUCGUCACGAUAUAGCAGUGGGGCCAUCGCCACCCAGGGAACUUCAGAAUAAACAGCAAGUAGUAUCAACAACCCGAAACGCAGGAACGGUCCAAUCUUUAAUUCAAGAUCGGGUUGAUGUUCGAUCUUCGAAAAAUGGAACUCCUAUACGUGAGUCCUCAACAAAGCACAGUGUGUCAGUCGGCCCGUCGCCACCUCGCGAUAGCCCCUUGCGAGUAGUGGCGUCUAUUCGAAAUAUCUCGCCGAAUUUUCAAAAAAAGUCCGCUGGAAACUCGCCUCCUCGAGAACCUGAUCGACCAUCAUCCAGAUCCAGUCGGACAAACACUGGAACUUCACCUCCUCCACAGAGUAUUUCUACACAAACUUACGAAGUACCGAGUAACUGGGAUCGAGCCCAGUCAGUAUCACGAUCAUCGCGGUCACGACAUCGGGUGCGAGAUGAGAGCGGACGGGAAAGAUCUCACAGUAGGCUUUCUUUGUCUAGUGAUACCCGUGAGAGUGAACGUAGCGUCCAUACCAGUGGAGGCAGGUGGGAAUGGCGCGAACCCCGCGAUAGCAGCCCGAGUGGUGAAUGGAGCGAGAGCGACCGGCGACGAAACUCUACACGGCUCACACGAAGAGCUUCUCACCUUGAUCUCCGUCGCAAUCGAGCCGGGCGACGCUCCAGCAUGUAUGGCUCAGAAGGGCCAUCACCCGAACCACUAUCUACCAACCGAGCAAUAUCUCUCGAAGCACUAGCAGGUGCAGGAUCGAGACGAGAGGCUGAAAGAGGUUUAGAACUAGCCCGUUUGAUGAGCAACGCUGAAAGACUGGGUUUUAGUGCUGCUGAAGUUCACGCAGCUUUAGCACAAAACCCUGUAGCGCCACUGGCAUGGUUGAGUGAAAGAUGGCCGAGUCUCUGUGCAGGCGUCCGCGCCGCUGCAGCUCGACUCGCGCCAGGUGUUAACGUGACCGAACUUGAAGCUCGUGCGGCCUUGGCGAGACAUAGGGGCGCCAUGUGGCCCGCUGUCAACGAAUGCGUCGAACGAUCACGACGGCAGGCAGAAGUAAUCGGUGUUGGUGAAGAGGGUAGAUUGCGCGGUCAUGUAUGGGGUCCACCGAUUGGAGUUGACGAUGACGCUGUUCCUCCAGCCACUCAAACCGGCCGCUCACACCGCACACGCGCGGAAGACAGUUCAGAUGAAUUAGAAGUAACUACAAACAAAUUUCAAGAUGAUGAUUGGAUGUAUUUACCAUUAAACCUACAGAACAAAAAUGAUUAUGAGUUUGAACGUCCGAUUAAAAAAGAACACACAAAUGCCACUAAUGAUAACAGUAACGAUAUAGCGGAGAAAUUAAAAUCGCUUCUAAUCCAAGCCGGAAUACCUCAGAUCGAUGAGAAACUGCUUUUAAAGGGUUUGUUGGGCAACAACCUAAUAAAAACAGAGGAAAGAAACAUGUCACAAGAUAACAUUCAAAAUAAUAAACAUAAUUUAGCUGAGUUUAUCCAAACUGAAAAUGAUUUCAUUGAUGCAUAUAAUGCAUUAACGAGAUUAAGUCCACUACCAAAUUUAAAUGAAAAACCUAAAAUGGAAACAAAAGAGGAAACCAAACAAGAUAUAAUUAAUGAACAACUGCCCGGUAAAAAAAAUAUAUCUUAUGAAUCAUCAUCUACGACCAAUGAUUUACAGCACAAUAAACCAAAUACAAUAACAGUUAACGAACAAUCAACCAAGAAGGUCAUUAAUCAUGAUAAUGUAACAGAAAUUACAAUUAGUAAUAAAAAUGAAGAUCCUACAAGUAAUGAUCAUUUUUUCAAAACACACGCAAUUAAUUCGAAUAAACAGGCUUUAAAUUUCAAGACUGAACAAAGAGGUAAAUCAACUAAUCUUAAUGACAUGGUUGAUAAUACCCAAAAGCUAAUCCAACAAAUGAAGCAAGAAAUUCAUUCAGAUAUUCAGUCCUUACAAAGUAAAAGUAGUACACAGAGUGAAGCAGGCGAUAGUUCCAAUGAGUCACACUUAUCAUCUGAAAAGGAGUCCAGUUAUAGCAAGAGUGAGGACGAAUCAGGAGAUCUAACAUCCGAUGAAAAAGAAGUUACCUAUAAUGGUGAUGAAACCGUACCUGAACGUAUUGAAUCAAAAAAUACUGAACAGAACGAAAAUCGAGUAUCAGUCAAUAGAACUAGUUCUGAAGACAAUGAGAAUUUUGAAGAAGCUUUGGACCACGUAGAAAAUGAAACUGACGAUUUCCAAGAAACAAACAUAGAAUUAUUAAAUUCCAUUGCCAAAAGUUUACAGCACGAACAUAUUUUAACAGUAGAAAUUAAUGAACCUAGAGAAAGUGAUAAGCGUAGUCAAGAUGUAAAUAACAACUUGUUCGCAGCAGUUGAUAGUUUUGAAGAAAUUUAUCAACAACUGAGUAAUAGUACAGAAAAAAAUGAACGAAAAGAAUCGCCAAGUUCUACAAAAAACCAUACCUCUUUGAACAAUAAUGUUAAGCAAGACAAAAUUCUGCCUAAAGCAAAUCAUGCUUUUAAUUAUAUAAAACAAGAUAUAAGUAUAUCACGAUUUAGACCUGGAUCUCCGGUUAAAUUAUUAAUAACAGAAAAUGAUCAUCCAUUUAUGACAGCAUUUAUAGAAAAUUUUGAAGAUUCUAUAGAGGAACACAGUAAGCCAUUUGAAAAUCCUAUAAAUAGGAAUCAAGAACAAGACUUUUCUAACGAAAAAACUGAAGACUUUAAUAUGAAUAAUAUACCAACAAUCAACGCAUUAAAACAAAAUAGUUCAAACAUUACUGUAGAAAGUUUAUCUAAAAGUUCUACUUUAGAUGAUGAAAUUGAAGAAAACACUUUAAGAAACUACUCGAAUGAUGAAAGAACUGAUAAAGAAGAAGACUUUAAUGAUCGAGAAACCUACGGAGAGGGUAUUGUUCUUACCCUAAAUGAUUUAACAAAUAAUAACGAACAAGAGAAUAGUGACCCUAUUAAAACACCUAUGAUUCAAGAAACUGAACUUACGAAUAAAGAAAAAAGUGCAUCUAAAACAAAAACGCCAUCAAUUAUAAGCAGAUCAAGUAUACCCAAACUUGUAAAGAAUAUACACAGUGGAAAACAGAAAAAUGAUAAAAAUGCUAAUAAAGUAAUUGCGUCGAAAGUCCCGGUUCGAAGGGGUAGCUUAAAACAAUAUCCUGCACCAAACCCGCCCAAAUCUCGAUUUGGACAAAUACAAAGUGGAUUUGUCAAACAACUGCAAACUAGACUUUUCAGUACUAAAGGAACUAAAACAACAGCACAGGCGCAACUCCCAACAGCUACAGAGUCGUCACAACAAAAUACAACCACAGAUACAAAGACCCUAGAAGUCAAGGCUUCCACUUCAACGAUGACUAAGAAAAAGCAGGCGCCUCCUCCUCCCAUCCAGGCACCAAAAGAAUUAUCACCACCAAAAACGCAUUUAUCAAAAGAAAAAAAUAAAUUCUUCCGUGAAACCUGUCGUACAGAAGAUGAGUGGACCGAAAGUGAAGGAGAAGAUCAAAAUAUUGAAUUAAGUGCUAAUAAAGAAGAGCUUAAUCCAGCGGCGCCAUCUCCACCGCAGCCUAUAACAAUGCGCCAGGUGUCCGGUCAACUUAUCGAUUUAGCGCUGGUUCGGUUGCCUGAAGGUUCUCCAGAGCGACAAGCUCGAAUGCUUCUAGCAGAAGGGGCCACAGAGAAUUGGGAACAAGCACAGCUUGCAGUGAAGCUGAUAGCGCAAGGAACAGACACACCCGCUGCACUCUUAGCUGCAUUAGAAUGUGCUGACCUUGCUUCGGCUCUUGUCUACUUACACCAAGACUGUGAACUCUGUGCUUCCAAAUUCCCUGAACAUGAGAUGGUCUCAAUGUUACGCUGCACGCACAGAUGUUGCCGAGAAUGUGCACGUUACUACUUCACAGUGCAGAUUACAGAGCGAAGCAUCGCCGACUGUGUGUGUCCAUAUUGCAAAGAGCCUGAGUUAGAAAAUCUGCCAGAAGACGAUUGGCUGGACUACUUCGCGCAUAUGGAUAUAUUGUUGAAGACGUUAUUGGAAACAGAAACUCAUGAACUCUUUCAAAGAAAGUUACGUGAUAGGACGCUUGCGAGAGAUCCUAAUUUCCGAUGGUGUGUGGAAUGUUCUUCUGGAUUCUUCGUGCAUCCAAAACAUAAGAAAUUACGAUGUCCGGAGUGCAAGUCAAUCACUUGCGCCAGCUGUAGGAGACCUUGGAACAGCAAUCACGAUGAUAUGACAUGCGAGCAAUACUCCCUGUGGCUGGAAGACAACGAUCCAGAGCGUUCUGUCGCUGCCGUGCAACAGCAUUUACGAGAGAACGGACUCGACUGCCCGAGAUGCCACUUCAAGUAUUCCUUAUCCAGGGGAGGUUGCAUGCACUUCACAUGCACGCAAUGCAAGUAUGAGUUCUGUUACGGGUGUGGGAAGCCCUUCAUGAUGGGCGCGCGCUGCGGCCUCAGCGAGUACUGCUCCAAGCUGGGUUUGCACGCGCACCAUCCGCGCAACUGCCUCUUUUACCUGCGAGACAAGGAACCACACGACUUGCAAACACUUUUGCAGAUUAACAAUGUCACGUAUGAAACAGAAGAAGCUGAAGGCGCCACGGGUCGAUGUCCAAUUCAAUUGCAACGUGAGACCCCCACUGGUCUCGUAGACACCGUCUGCGGCAGUGAAGUGCAAAAAAAUCAAGCAGGACUUUGCAAGAACCAUUACUUGGAGUAUUUGAGUCGGCUGGUGCGAGGGCGGAGGGUAGACCCGCUGCCGAUCUUAGGCGUGGACGACUUAGAGACGCUCGUGCGGCGCGCGGCGUUACGGCUGCCACCGCGCCCCUACGGCACGCUGGAAGGCCUCUACAAACGGGAGCUGGUCGAGAUCGUCAGAGAGAAGAUACCUCUGGACUGAGUAUUCAAUUCCGAGUUCAUUAAGCCAAUUUCUUCAAACUAUUUAAUUGUGGAUUUGUUACAUAAAAUAAUUUCUAUUUUUGGAUGGAUUAAGUAAAAUAAGUAGCAUUUGUGUAUUCAUUUCUUAUCAAGAAAUAUUAUUUUUUAACUUAUUAACACUAUAAAA